ACGGAACCAAAGCGCUGCUGCUCCGGUUCCGUGGAGGAUCGCGAGGCGAGGGGCCGGAAGUGCGCAGUGCUGGGCGGCCGGAAGUGCCGGCGCUGAGGGUCGGCCAUGGGCCGCAGCCGCUCCCGCUCGCCGCCGCGGCGCGAGCGCAGGCGUUCACGGUCCACCUCACGGGAGAGGGAGAGGAGGCGAAGAGAGCGAUCCCGGUCCCGGGACAGGGACAGGAGGAGGAGUCGUUCUCGUUCCCCCCACAGGAGACGAUCCAGGUCGCCGAGACGGCACCGAUCCAGCUCCUCCUCCCCACCACGGCUGAAGGAAAGGCGAGAUGAAGAGAAGAAGGAGAUAAAAGAUUCCAAAGGCAAAGAACGUCAGAUCACAGAGGAAGAUUUGCAGGGCAAGACAGAAGAGGAAAUUGAGAUGAUGAAGAUGAUGGGCUUUGCCUCUUUUGACACGACGAAAGGGAAGAAGGUGGAUGGCGCCGCAAAUGCCUAUGCCAUCAAUGUCUCCCAGAAGAGGAAGUACAGGCAAUACAUGAACAGAAAAGGAGGAUUCAACAGACCCCUGGAUUUCAUCGCUUGACGCUGGGCUUGCUCAGGGCGGGAGAAACCACCCGCCGACAAAGACUUCGCUUUGUCGGAGACCGGAUUUCAAGAGGAAUUCGGGUUAUUCCCAGCAAGUCCUGCCGCGUGCGCCUGGCCCCGCAGCGGGUACAUGUUACUGUUUCCCGGAGUCUUUGGUUAUUAUUGUUUUUUUGUUUUUGUUUUUUUUUUUUUUUCUCAGUAUCCCUCGUGGUUUGUUCCUCGCUGGGAUUUCGUGGCGUUUUUCCUGUCAUGGUUUUUUGACACGGUGUUUGUUCCCCGUUAACAAUAAAACCCCAUAUUUAUUUUUC